AAAACAAUUAUUUUGCAGACUUUGAAAAAAAUUUGUAAAACAUUUUUUUGAAUACCAGAAAAACUAAUAAAUUAAAUGCUACUUAUGGCGCCACGUCGCAAUCAUAAUACUGGAAAUAUUGUCAACCAACAGCCUAACCACCAGCAACAGCAGCAGCCUAACCAGCAACUUCAAGCGAAUACUUUAGCAUCUUUUGUUGUUAACACAAAUUCGCAUUCCUCUGCAACAGCAGCAUUAUUCAAUCAGCAGUUUUUUAAUUUAAACGAACAUCCAGAAAUUAAUAGUUCUAGCAUUAACAGUGGCAAUAAUAGCAACAGCAGCAGCUUCACUAUGUCGCCCAUGCAAACGGCCGUCAAUAGCAAUAGUAACAACACCAACAAUACCAACAACAACAACAAUAGCAAUGUAACUCCGAAUCAUAAUAAAUCAGGAGGCGAACAAUUUGUACGUUGCUGUUAUCCCAAUGGCGAUUGUUUCAAAACGGAUUUAAUCAAUUUGGAGGAUCUAACCGAAUGCAUUAAGGUGAUUUGUAACAAUGAGAACUGCAAUGUGGGCCAAUACAUGCAUCGAGAAUGUUUCGAGGCCUGGGAGCAAACGGUACUGCAAACUCUUAAGACCAUGGGUGGUAGGGCACGUUCCUGGUCGGAUCGCCAGAAGGCUCAAAACUUGUGGACUAAGAAGGGCUAUGAUUUGGUGUACAAAGUGUGCGGUUGUAAAUGCAGCAGAGGUCAUUUGCGUAAAGAUCUAGAAUGGGUGGCUCCCAAAGCUGCUCAAUUCCUAAAUGGUCAAAGAAUAAUGAAUGGCUCCAGUAACCAAGAAGAUGAGGAUAAAAAGAAAAAGAAGAAUAAACGCAAUCGUCAGCAGCAGCAGCAACAACAGCAGCAGAAUACUAAAGCUAAUGCUCCUUUGCAGACAAAUGGUCAUGUCAAUGGUCAAACUCAGCAAAUGAAUGGCUCUAGCAAUUCCACCCCAGAACCUUUGCAAAUCAAUAAAUCGUUAAACUUGAAUGAAACAACUAGCAACAAUCACAGCAAUGUUGGUGUCAUUGGUUCGGGUCUACAUCAAAAUGGUACUUCGCAACAAAUUAACCAAACUCUUCAAAAUCAAAAUUCCUCAAACGCGGAACUACCAGUAAAUGUGGUAAACUCCCUUAACAAUUUGUUAAAUGGGCAAAAUAAUAUCUUGGGCUUGGAUCUACGUCCUCGCACCAAUAGCAUCUCCUCAGCCUCUAAUAACAGUGGCUCUACUUCUCCCUCAGCCAUUUCAUUCUCCUCGGGAGAUCUGUCAACCGCUCAAACUCCUUUGAAUAAUUUGCAAAAUUUUAAUAUGAAUGGUUUCUAUCAUGCCAACCAAAAUGGUCUAACAAACCCACAACUGCAGUUGCCCCAACAUCAAUUGCAUUCGAAUCUUUUGCAACAAUCUACGGUUAAUGCUGUUUCUUUGACUAAAAACAUUUUAAAUGGUUUGCAAUCGUCUGGUUUGUUGGGUAACAAUACCAACAACAACAGCAACGUUACAACAAAUGUUAACAACAAUAUCAAUAGCAAUGCAAUAAUUACAAAUGCUUCAGCAGCUUUAUUGAUUAAACAACAACAACAUCAGCAGCAACAGCAGCAGCAACAGCAAUGUGCUAAUAUUUUAUCAAACGGUGUUGUUGGCUUGAAACACCCAUUAACACCAUUCGAGCAACAACAAUUGUUGCUACAGCAAAAAGUUAAAGAAGUUGAAAUCUAUUCCGAAAGAGUACGUUCUACAUCUGGCUGUAAUGGCAUCUUUUCACGUCGUUUGGAUUUUUCAUCAUUCAAUCUGUUGCCCAAGACUCGUUUGAAUUCCUAUCAAGUUAAGAUCGAAGAUGAGGGUAAUCAUGGCAAUGAUGAGACCAGACUUUUCAUUUUAUCUUCAUUGGCUCAGUCUCAGAAAAGUCGUGUCGCUUGUAUUUUAUGCGAAGAGCCCAUGUUGGUGUUUGAUCGUUAUCCCUUGGUGGAUGGCUCAUUCUUUUUGAGUCCCAAACAACAUUCAACUGAAUGUAUUGAGGUUAAAUACGAAGGACGUUCUUUAUAUUUGACUUGCGUUUGCAUGCGCUGUUUGGAUGGCACUUCUACUAAUCGUAAUAUUUGCUGCAGAUUCUGUACUGAUAAAUGGGAUGGUUCAAAUCUAGUCUUAGGCACCAUGUAUGCAUACGAUAUAUUUGCCGCUAUGCCCUGCUGUGCAGAACGUCUCAAGUGCAAUAAUUGCUUCAAAUUGUUGUUGCAUCCACAACAACGUCUUAAUUUCUAUAGUGACUACUCGCACUGUGUCACUUGCCCCUACUGUGCAACUCAGGAUACACACUUUGUCAAGCCAUUGACAUACUGCUACACCAAAAGCUUCUCCGGCCGCCUGUCGGCGAUCGCAUAACAUGAGGCCUCGUUGGAGUUGCCAACACAAGCAGCAGUUACUACAAAUCAACAACAAACUGCUGGGGUAACUUCAACGAGCCUCUCUGCGGGAUCUAAAUCCACAACAAAUUCGUCGUCGUCAGCAUCUUCGUCAGCGAAUAAAGUGGUUUUGUACAAUCCCAAUGUGGACUAUUCGGCACCAUUGCAACAAGAAAUCAAUGCCGAACUAAUUGGUUCACAUCCACAAGCACAACAAUAUCAAAAACAAUCGCAGCCAUCUUCAUCAUCGUCAUCAACCGCAACACAGGUAAGACAAUCUGCGACAAGGUCGUCGUCGUCUUCAGUUUCUUAUAAUACUUCAUCAUCAACAACAUCAUCAUCAUCAGCUGGAGCAGGAGCAGGAGUUGUAAACAAUUCUACAACAAUAAAUAAUUUACAAUUAAAAUUAAGUGAACAAUGUAAUAUAAGUAAAUUAGGUAAUAUAAUCACAACAGCAACAACAAAUAAUAAUAAUAUUGCUAAUACAAAUACUAACAACAAUAAUAAUAAUAAUAAUUAUGCUAUGAAUGAAUUUAAUGCAAUGAAAACAGCCCAUAAUAACAAUAUUGUAACAACACCACCAAUUACACAACAGCAACAACAACAUUUAGGUUUAUUACACAACAACAAUGAAACAAACAAUAUUGUUAAUAAUACAAUAAUUAGCAACAAUAACAAUAACAACAACAGCAACAUCAGUAUUAAUAACUUAUUAUGUAGCAAUAAUUUAAAUACUAAAGUCUGGUCCAACAAUCAACUACCAGCAGCAUCAGCAUCAGUCGUUUUGCAAUCACAAAAUAUGGGUGUAUAUCAACAAGCAGCAGCAGCCGCCUCCAAUGGUGGCUGUUUCCCAAUGGAAAAUUUGAAUAACCACUGCACAGAGGCCAUGAUUUCCUCUCUCUGGGGUUCAGAAUCCACCUCUAGUGGUUGUUCUUCCGGCUCGGGUUCUCAGCCCUCGUUGAGCCCCACCCUUAUGACCAAUGUGGCCCAUAAUUAUCGCAGUAAUAGCAAGGAAUCAUUGUGGUCACAGCAAACUUCACCAUCUACCAGCAGCUCAGGUUGUAGCAGCCAACUCAGGGAUACUUAUUACACUGGCUCAAAAAUCACAACCCAAUCACCCACUUCCUGGUCCUCUGCUAAUGUUAACUGCAAUAAUGCCUCCGCUAUUAAUGGCCACAAUCUUAUGUUCGAUGCAAAUGACAUGAACUUUGGCAAAAUGAAUAACAUUUGGGAAAUACCCCAAACUUUGACUUCUUCGGGGCAGGUACAAGAUUUAUUUCCAGAAAUCUGGACCAACCUCAAUACAAACACAAAUAAUCUAACCGACAAUAUAUCGGAUAUUAGCUCGAAUACUUCUUCACAGCCAGACACCGAUAUCUGGCGCACUCCCCAACUGCCCUCAGCAGCCGGAGUGGUAGCCUCAAAUAAUAUCCCCAAUAAUAAGGAUCUUAGACCAUUGUUUGGCAACGCCAACAACAAUGCCAACCAUAUUGUAAAUGAAAAUAAUCCAGGCGGUUUGGGAGCCGCUGCUUGCAUGCAAUUAUUUUCAGAUGAAUUCCUAUUUAUGUAAAUUUAUUUUAAAAAUUUACGUUUUUUUUAGAAAAAUCUUU